AUGAACGAAAAAUCAAUGUUCGACUCGGAAGUCGUCAGAGACGCAAACGAAAUGGCUCGACUGACGGAUGUCAUGUAUUUCGGAAACAUCAAAAAAGAGGCACAUAUACUCGCUGCAGAUGAGGCAAUGUUGUUGCAAAGACAAAAGGUAUUAUUCCUCUCAAACGAACUGUUGGCACAAGCCAAAAUCAGUGAAGAGAAAGAAGCCGCACUGAGGAUUGACUUAAACACUGACAAGAAAACUGAAAUCAUUAAACAAACACCUCUGCUCUUUCAACUGUCGGCUCACCUCGACCAACUUAUUAAACAAAGAAAAGACCUUCUCAAGAAGCAUGAAGCACUCUCCGAAAAACUCGAUGGUCAAAUUUAUGAAGUGAAAAAACAGGCGCAGACACAGAUGAACUUCAAAAGAGAGAACGACUUAACAGGAAAGAUUGUCAGCAUGAAAGGCGACUUGGAUGUCGGUGUUUUAAUCUGCAACAAAGAGAUCAUUCCGUUCGACAUGCGCCGUAUGACUAAAGAAGAGCGGCAGAGAUGUUUAUGUGAAAUUGUUUUGAAAAUGAAGGAGGAUUGA